AUGCCGGAGAAGGAGGUGGCCUACCAUCAGGAGGCAUUUUCACUUUUACCGCCACCACCGCCACACCACCCCCACUCGGCGUUUCACGCUGCCUUUCACCCUCAUCCACAUCAUGGGCCGCCCCCGCCGCCUUUUCAUCCACAUCAUGGACCGCCUGCACCUCCCCAUCCAGCCGUGGCCGCUGCUUGGGAGCAUCAUGCGGCUGCGGCUGCUGCCGCUGCUGUAGUUUUUCAUGCACCACCACCUCAUCCAUUAUCGAGCGCUGGAGCAGGCAGUCCAGGGAGUUGCGGUGCUGGUGGUAAUUCAGGAGCUGGCGAGGUAGCAGGAGCGCCCGGCGCAGCGCCCGGUAGUGGCGCUGCUGCCAACGGCACAGCAAACGACUUCUUCCGGCGUAGUCAUCCACUGUCGGAUCAUACGCCCUUACAUCCUUAUCGUCUCAACUACAUGGACCACCUUUAUCACACACUUCAGGCCUCCACGCACAGUCCCAACGCCUCUCUACACGGACUGGGUGGAUUGGGGCCAGAGUACCUGCUGCAUCCUGCUGGACCUGCUAGCACUCUCGCUUCGUCUGAAUUUCCGUUCUCCAUUGACGCUUCAUCAAGACUGGGCAGUCCACGAGCCUCGGCAAUCCGGGCGAGUCGGAAACGUGCCCUCAGCAGUUCUCCCUACUCAGAUCGUUUCGACAUUGACAGCAUGAUUCGCUUCAGCCCCAACAGUUUAGCAACAGCAAUUGUCAAUGGCUCACGAAGUAGCAGCGCCAGUGGCAGUUACGGUCACUUAUCCGCAGCAAUGUCUCCAGCCCUGGGCAUGCACCCAGGCAUGGCGCCGCACUUGCAGCAGCUCCAGGCGCACUUUCUGCGUAGUGCAGCAGCUGCAGCGCUCCUCCCCCACCCCCUCCAACCCUCGCCGCCGCCCCCUCACCCCCACAGUCACCCGCACCCGCACGGCCUGACGCCGCACAGUCAGCUGUUCUCGGUUCCCCACUCCUCGGCGUCGGCAAUAGGACCGCACGACGGAGGGCUUCCGCCCAAGACAGACCCCGGGGAGGCCUGCAGAAGGGCCUCGGAGUCCUCCAGCAGGUCGAUAGCGGCCGAGGCCGACACGUCCUCCCGACGGCACACUAAAGUCAAGAGGGAGCCGGCGACGACGACGACGACGACGACGACAACAGCUGUGACCCAUCCCCAGGGGCUGAGCCCCAGCGAGGACCUGAGGGACGAGCCCGGUGACUUCAUCGAGACGAAUUGCCACUGGAGGGACUGCGGCCUCGAGUUUCCUACGCAGGACGAUCUCGUCAAGCACAUCAACAACGACCACAUCCACGCGAACAAGAAGAGCUUCGUCUGCGGGUGGGAGGAGUGCUCCAGGGAGGAGAAACCCUUCAAGGCGCAGUACAUGCUGGUGGUGCACAUGAGGAGGCACACCGGGGAGAAGCCCCACAAGUGCACCUUCGAAGGGUGCUUCAAGGCGUACUCGAGGCUGGAGAACCUGAAGACGCACUUGAGGUCCCACACCGGGGAAAAACCGUACACGUGCGAGUACCCGGGCUGCAGCAAGGCCUUCAGCAAUGCUAGUGACAGGGCGAAACACCAGAACAGAACGCACUCCAAUGAGAAACCCUACGUUUGCAAAGCCCCGGGCUGCACAAAGCGCUACACCGACCCCUCCUCCCUUCGCAAGCACGUGAAGACGGUUCACGGUGCCGAGUUCUACGCGAAUAAGAAGCACAAGGGCGGUGGUGACGGUGGUGGUAGCGACGAGGCAGGCGCAGGAGGCAACUCCCCGAGCAGAAGUGAGGACCUGCACCCGAAGACCCCGAGCCUCUCUUCGCCCUCCGUGAAAUCCGAAUCGGAGGCGAACAGUCCCCCAGGGAUGAUUCAGCAGCAGGGAAGUCCCCUGGUCGGUGGUUGCACCGACGAAAUCGGUAUGACAGUGGACGGAGUGAUGCUGGGAGAGGACAACUGGGUGGAGGAGUCGGACGAUCUCGACAUCGCGGACCUCCCAGUGGCCCUGAGGGCUAUGGUGGGGGGAAUCGAGAGCCAGCAGGCGCCGCCGCCCUCGAGGAAUCGAAUGAAGGGGCGACUCAGCGCCAAGCCUGUCCCCUCGAUGAAUGUUGGGGGCAGGGGGAGGGUCCCAGGGCCCCAGGGCAACAUCGGUGAGCUCAACCGGAGGAUCACGGAUCUGAAAAUGGAGGGGAACAGGCAGACCAGUCUCUCUGAUCUUCAGCUGAGGCUUCAGCCCUUGAGCGAACCCAGGAGGGACUCCAGCAGCACUGUCAGCACUUACUAUGGCAGCAUGAGGUCCACUGACUUUGGCAGCAGGAGGAGCAGCCAGGCCAGUGCUGUCUCCAAUGCGAGGAUUGGACCUGCUGGACCUGGCAGCUUCUAUGAUCCCAUCAGCCCUGGCACCUCCAGGAGGAGCAGCCAGAUGAGCACCUUCUCAGGGAGAAAUAAUCAGGUACAGGGACAAUACUCCACGAGUAACCUGGUGGUGCAGACGCAGAACAUGUCCAUUCAGGGAGUUCAGAGUGGAACAAACGAAUGGACCCCAUCAACAGGACUCCCCCAACCCUCUGGAGACAGGAGAAUGUCAGAGCCCACUAGGGGAUACCAGAGUCAACGGAUUUCACCACCUGUCCCACCUAGACCGAGGUCAGCACAGCUGCCUGAGCUGCAUCCCAAUCAGGAGGUUGUGCUCGAUGAAGUGGGGGAGGGGGAGAUGGUGGAGAACAAGCUUGUCAUUCCUGAUGAGAUGAUGCAGUACCUGAAUGAGGUGCAAGCAGGAGGCAACCAAGUCAGCUACCGCGGCAGUCCCCUCCCGAUCUGUCAGUCCCCAAUCUGCACGAAUCCCCUGCACUACCAACGCCAGCAGCAGCCCUGCACCUUCUCCCCCCACCCACCUCACCCGCCACCCCCUCAACCGUGCUAUCAGCCCCCGCAGAACCCCCCUCAGAACCCCCCACCCUGCCAGAACUACCAGGCCCCCUCUCCCUCCUACUCCCACUGUCCCUCCUCCCGAAUGUCCCAGACCUCGACCUACUACCCCCAGACCAACUGCCCCCAGAUGCAGCAGUCCCCAGCGAGCCAAGUAAUGUCCCCAGGAUCUCACUACGCACCUAGUCACAUCAGCGAUCAGCCAAUGACAUCACCAGCAGCAGGUGCCCUGCCCCCUCAACUGAAUCCCCAGAUGAAUUCCACCAAUCUCCAGCAGAAUUCAGCCCAAAUGUCCAGAAACUGUCCCCAGCAGAUGAACUACUACCAAAAUUACAACUGCUCUGGCCAAUUGGGUAGCAAUUGCAAUGGCCAGGGUCACCAGGGUCAGCCCUGCGUACAGAUGAGAAACUGCAAUUUAUCUCACUGUCAGCCGAGGGGACCAGGACAUCUGGGGAAUCCGUGUGCCCCUGGGCAGAAUCAGUGCCCCAGAACCCCUGGGAAUGAGGGAAUGCCCUCGAGGAUGAUGGGAGGUGAUGCAGGGAUGAAUGGCAUGUGCCAGGGGGCCAAUCAGCAUUGCCCUGUCAAGGCUCAGGGGCAGAAUGGCCUCUGCCAGGUGAACUGCGGACAUCCGGCGGUGAAUGCAGCCAGGAAUCCAGGGCAGAACCCCAAGUGCUCACGUCAGAACAACUGUCGACUUCAGAGCUGUAAUUGCCAGGGGUCGCAGGGGCAUCAGGGGCAUCAGGGACAGAAUCACUUCACGAACCCUCAAGGCUGCAAUUGCCAGUGGAACUAUCAGCACGAGUGCUACAAUGGGCAUGGCAUGGAGAUCCAGUGCAGGGACAUCAGCCAGUCCCAGCAGGGCUCCCCCAUGAAACCCCCGGGCAUGCAGCAGGACUCCUACAGGAGGACUCUGGCGUAUGUCCAGCAGCUGGAGAAGUGGUCUGGAAAUGCCCAGGGGCAUGAGACCAGUGUUUCCAGCUCGACACAUCCUUUAUCUCUGCCACAGCCACUGCCUGCGAGCUCCAAUAUGGUGGUUAAUGACAUGACUUCUUCGUUGAGCUCGCUUCUCGAGGAGAAUAGGUAUCUUCAGAUGAUACAGUGAGGCACGAGGGAGUUGGGGUAAAACGGGGGAGGAUUUUUUAGGAAGGAUUGGGUGGGUCCUGGGUUUUUGGGGAUCAUUUCGGCAGGAUUUUUUGGAGGAGAUAGUCAGAGCUGCAAGAAAUCUUUGGAGGAAUUUUUUUAUUUGUCAAAAUGUUGAUCUCGAGAUGUAUAAAACAUUGAUUUUUAUUCAUCUGACAUUGAGGCAUUGACAGAAGAAAAUUCUGAAAUUUUUUCAUGAAUAUCUUUGAAGCUCAUUUGAUUUUUUGAUAUUUUUGGGUGCGAGGAAUGUCGAAAAAAUACGGCUGGAUUUUUUAGGUAAUUAUUUUUGAAAUUGCGCAUUUUUAUUCCUUGAAAAUUAACUGUCGAGAUGUGCAAAGAGAAUUGCGUCCCAUUCAUAAGAAAUUAUUGUAUCGAAAAAAAAUUCUGGAAAGAUUUGUUGAUGAAUAUCUUCGAAACUAAUUGACAUAUCUAAAUUUUGGUACAAAAACAUUUGAUGGAAAUUUUGAUGUUGUUUUUACAUUUCAAGAGAUGUCGAAAACAAUACGUCUGGAGUUUUUAGAUAAUGAUUUCUGAAACUGUGCCUUUUGAUAGAAUUAAUGCUCAAAAAAAAUUUUACUGUCAGUUUUUAUUCUCCAAAAAUUUGAUCUCAAGAUAUAAUAAAAGAAUUGUGUCCCAUUCAUAAAAAAUUCUUGCAUAAAAAAACA